AGCGCUGGAUGCUCUUAACGAGCGCACAUGUAGAGCAUUUGAUGUGCAGAGGAGAUCUUUCUCUCUCUGGUGAUGAACCGCAGCUGACCACCCGAUUCUCCAGCACAGUUUUGAGAGACUUUCCCCCGACUUUAACCCCAUUCAAGUUUCUUGAGUUGUAGGGGGGCUCUUCAUUAAUACCCUGGCCUUGUUAACUCCGGGUUGGUCCGAGCGGGACCGUGAAAGCCUCCGCGGGGCUCCGUGGAACUGCCCCGACCCGCGCGCGCUUAUGGAGGGAGACAUCAUGGACAAACUCGAGGACAUGGCUUCGGUCUACGAGUUCGACCCGCUGACGGGGAACAUCCCCGCCACCAAAGUGGAAAUCACAGUUUCGUGCAGGAAUCUUUUAGACAGAGACACGUUCUCCAAAUCUGAUCCACUGUGCGUCUUGUACACUCAGGGUGUGGAGACCAAGCAGUGGAGAGAGUUUGGAAGAACGGAGGUGAUUGACAACACACUAAAUCCAGACUUUGUCAGGAAGUACAUCCUGGACUACUUCUUUGAGGAGAAGCAGAGCCUGCGCUUUGAUUUAUAUGAUGUUGACUCUAAAAGUCCUGAUCUUUCCAAACACAAGCCCCUUGAACUAGACGACUUUCUUGGCCAGAUGUUCUGCACACUGGGCGAAAUAGUGGGGUCGCCAGCCAGCCGACUAGAGAAACCUCUUGGGGGCAUACCGGGAAAGAACUGCGGCACUAUCAUCUUAUCUGCUGAAGAACUGGGGAACUGCAGGGACAGUGCAACCAUGCAGUUCUGUGCCAACAAAUUGGACAAGAAGGAUUUUUUCGGGAAAUCUGAUCCAUUCAUGGUCUUCUACAGAAGUAACGAAGAUGGCACGUUUACGAUCUGCCAUAAGACUGAGGUGGUGAAGAACACCCUCAACCCUGUUUGGCAGCCGUUCACUAUUCCAGUCAGAGCUCUCUGUAAUGGAGACUAUGACAGAACAAUCAAAGUGGAAGUAUAUGACUGGGAUCGUGAUGGCAGCCAUGAUUUCAUCGGUGAAUUCACCACCAGCUACAGGGAGUUAGCCCGAGGUCAGAGCCAAUUCAACGUAUAUGAGGUGGUGAAUCCAAAGAAGAAGAUGAAGAAGAAGAAAUAUGUAAAUUCCGGCACGGUGACACUGCUGUCAUUCUCAGUGGAAUCAGAGUCGACUUUCCUCGAUUAUAUCAAAGGAGGGACCCAGAUCAAUUUUACUGUGGCCAUUGAUUUCACCGCCUCUAACGGAAACCCAUCCCAGUCCACUUCUCUCCAUUACAUGAACCCAUACCAGAUGAACGCCUACGCCCUGGCACUGAAGGCUGUGGGGGAAAUCAUCCAGGACUAUGACAGUGACAAGAUGUUCCCUGCACUGGGAUUUGGAGCCAAGCUGCCCCCCGAUGGACGGGUGUCUCAUGAGUUCCCCCUAAACGGCAAUAUUGAAAAUCCCUACUGUAAUGGUAUUGAGGGGAUAUUAGAGGCAUACCAUCAGAGUCUAAAGACCGUCCAACUAUACGGACCUACUAACUUUGCCCCUGUUGUAAAUCACGUGGCCAGUUACGCAGCUGCUGUCCAGGACGGCUCGCAGUAUUUCGUGCUCCUCAUCAUCACAGACGGGGUUAUAUCAGAUAUGUCACAGACCAAAGAGGCCAUCGUGAAUGCUGCCAAGCUUCCCAUGUCCAUCAUUAUUGUUGGAGUUGGACAGGCUGAAUUUGAUGCUAUGGUUGAGUUGGAUGGUGAUGACAUCAGGAUUUCCUCAAGAGGAAAAUUAGCGGAGCGAGACAUUGUCCAGUUUGUGCCAUUCCGGGAUUACAUGGACCGGACGGGAAACCACGUGUUGAGUAUGGCACGACUGGCCAAAGACGUUCUGGCUGAGAUUCCCGACCAGUUCAUUUCUUACAUGAAGAGCCGGGGAAUCAAACCCAAUCCGGCGCCGCCUCCGUACACACCGCCAGGACACACACACCACACACAGAUCUGAGCGCACGCUACCAAACCUGCUUUAACACAACAGCUCCUCUCCCUGGAGUCAUGGGAUAGCUGUACUGGAGCUUUUCUUUUAGGGUUUAGCUCCCAGUGUUACCGUGUGUUUGAACUCUCCGAGACACUCUGAGGUACAGUGACGUUUCUGUUUGUGCCAUUUAUAUUUUCUGCCCAUUUGUUUUUUUUUUUCUUUUUUUCCUCGGAAGGAUGGUGUGAUCCAUGAAUCUGACCCAAGGGCAGCUUUUUUGUUUGUUUUGUUUAAAAAUAUCUAUAUCUUGGCCUGUGACUGUUUCUUAUUUUGUGGAUCAGUUGACAAGAGGACGAAGAGCAGGAGCAGGAGGAGGAGGAGGAAGAGGAGGAGGAGGAGGAGGAGGAUGAUGAUGAUGUUUGUGGUUUCAACUUGUGCCUGUCUGUGACUGUUUCGGUGUACCAGGACAAGUGUGCCCUAAUCUGACAUUUGACCUUACUCCACAUCGGUAUACUAGAGUGUGCACUUUACGGUGACGUUUUUAGAUUUGUAUCGCUUUCAUUUCGUAUCAGAUCAGACCUGUGCCCAUUUGGGUUUAUUACGUUAAGCAUUGCUUGUGCAGAAAUGUUAUCUGAUUCUCCGUCUUUAUCCAUUAUGAUUUAGGAAAGCAUGCAUGUGUGAGGAGAGGCGAAAUGAAUAAUUUUGUUCCUAUUCAUGAAUGGUGUGAUGAGAGAUGUACUAUUUUCCCACAAUUUCACCUGCAUAAAGUGACUGUAGAAGCACAACUUCAUCAAUAAUCAGCAUUACUCUUGCUCAUGUGCUUUUGUAGGAAUGCAUAGGGGCCAUUUUGGCCGACCCUGCGUAAGUGCAGCACAGCCAGUAUGGGUCCUCUCUCCCUCUCAGGCAGAAAUGAGGCCUGGAGUGUUCUCAGAAUGGUGUCACCCACUCAACCGUAGUUCAUUCACCAAUUCAAUUUUGUCAAGAGGCUUUUAAUCAAAUAAGAGUGCCUGAUGUAUCUGUACUCUGCCAGUAUAGGGCUGAAUGGAGGAGCUUGUGUAAUUGAGCACAUUACAGUCCUGUCUGGGUAUAAUAAUCAUGAGCAUUUAGCCCUGUGACUGUGUAUGGGGUGUUCAUUAUCUCCAGAUGUAUUUCUGCCAACCCAUAAGGCUUUGACAGAGCAUCAAAGCAUCAGAGGCUUUCAUCCCCCAGAUGUCAUUGAUGUAUUUUAUUCUAUCUAUUUUAAAAUUCAAAAUAAUGUUUUUUUUGUUUGUUUGAUUUUUUCAAUUCAAAUCAGUUGAUCGUUUGAUUUGUAUUUAUUGCACACAAUAUUAUUGCUUUUUUAAAUUUUUACAUUUUCACGAUUUAAGUCAAUUAUUCUAUUUGUUUUUAAAAUACAUUAUGAGAUUGUUACCAUAUACUACAUUAACACUACAUUGUCCUUUUUCAUGUCAUUAAUGCAUUUUAUUCUGUAUAUUUGUGUUUUUAUCCACCGUUUUUUUUUUUUUUUUUCAGGUUUAAAUCAGUUGACUUUCUUCAGUUUUAUCAAUUUGUAUUUCAGACCAUAUAAUUGCUUUUUUUAUUAUAUUUUAUUUUAUAUUUUUAUUAUUUUAUUUUAUGUUAUGAAUAAAUUAUUGGAUGUUACACACCAUAUACCACAUUAAUAAAAAAACACUUUUUUUUUCUCUCCUAGAAAAACUGCAAGCAUGUCAUUAAUACAUUUUAUUCUAUAUGUGUAUGUUUGUCCACCUAAAUUUACAAUUCUAAAUAAUGCUUAGUUCAGAUUUAAAUCUGUUGAUUUUCUUAGGUUGAAUUGAUUUAUUGCACAGACUAUUAUUGCUGUUUAAUUCUGUUUUUAGUAAAUUAUGAAAUAAAUUAUAGGAUUUUUACACACCGUAUGCCACAUUAAUAAAUAUCCUGCCCUCAAGAUAAUCACUGGAAAGAUUGUUGCUUUUUAAAAAAUUAAAAAAUAAAAACAUAAAAACCAGCCGAUAAACCUUUAUCCCAAAUGAUUCCAUGAAAAUGCCAGUGUGAUCACUGAAACCAGUUUAACUAUGCAUAUCAUCAAAUGAUUUUACUACGCAGAGGCUUGGUAGACUGUCAUUACAGAAUCAAUCCAAUGUGGGGAACGUUUUCUAAAUCUAAACGUUUUAGGAUGUUUUAAUGCAACGCUAACACUUUGUAUUACAAAACAGUUUUACACUUACCACAGAGUCUAACUGCCUCAUUUUGGUUUUGAAAAACAACAAAACAUUAUAGCUGAAAUUACCCACAAUCAAAAGCGUCAAUGUUUACACUGCCGCAGUUUCCCCAAAGAAGGUCCAGAGAUCAUCUUGGGAGCCAUUGAUGUUGGAUGAAUAGGAUGUUGCGACAGUAAUUGUAUCCGUCCAUUUCAAUGCCUUCAAAUUAAUGACCUUUUCUCAGUAGCAACACCACACUAUUCAGUUUGUUCAUCUGUUCAUCAGUUCUUUGUCAUUUGCGAAGUCAGUGACAUCAGUUCCUUUAUUUAUUUAUUUAUUUUUUUUCAGGCAGGAAAGUCAUUGUGCAUGUAAUAUCUGAUAAGAAGCUUGGGUCUACUGAAUUAGCACAGAGGAGAUUUUCCCUGUGUGUUUAUCUAGAAAAGCACACAAAGGAGGUUCAAGCUUUUUGCAUAUUCCAUAGUGUGCAAUUUUGAUAGCGAUGCAAACAUCAUCACUGCUGUCCAAAGCUAAUACUAUAUAGCUAUAUAUACUAUAUACUAUAAAGAUAUAUAGGGCAUAUUUACAGUAUACUUCAUGUACACUCUCAGAAAAAAAAGUUACAAAAGUUGUCACUUGAAAAGGUGUUAACUUUUCAAAAGGUAUAAAUGUGUACCAUUUAAGUACUAAUAGGUAUCAAUGUGCACCCUUUAGGAGUAAAUAAGGUACAAGGGUGUAUCUUUUGAAAAGGUACUGCCCCAGCAGAUGAUUGAUGAUCGCAUCACUAUCCAUUUGAGUAUCAGAUUUUAUUUGACCAUAAAAAUGUUUCUCCGCAACACAGGUGUAAGUCCAAAUGUAUUAUUUCUGUAGUAUAUGAAAAAAUUUCCACUGUACUUAAUGUGGCUCAUAAGACCUGAAAACAGGAGGAAGCAAAAAUUAUAUGACAAACUGCAUUGUGAUCAGCAUUAAAUUUGAAAAACUACCAAACUGUAUGCUGAAAUAAAUGCUGCCCAUUCAUGAAGAAUGUCCUCGCGUAAAAAAAAAAAAAAAGAAAAAAAAAGUUACACUGCACACAAAAUGAAAAAAAAAAAAAAAACAUGGUCUUGUGGCAAGUUUUUUUAACUUCACAAGAUUUUUUGUGAAGAAUGUGCUGCAAUGGUCAAAUAUGUCCAUUUAACCAGCGCAUGUUUACAUAGAUAAAAACAACUACAAAGUGUUUUUAAAGCAAAAAUGCAGUCAACACCGCAGUGGUGAAUGGGAAUUGAAAGUAUACUGGUAUGAUCUGUUUUCCAGCAUGGAACUACAAAUGUUUACAGUCUACUGUUUUUCGUAAGCAAUUCUCAUUUCUCUGAAACAUUAAGGGAGCACUUUACUGCAUAGGCCUGCUUUAAAUAAGAAUCUGUUUGUUUCCCUUUCUUAAGAUGAUGUUGUAAUAAAAUGGAUUUAUUUUUGUUCCUGCCUGGAAUGUACGAUAAGCCAUUAAAUACAGUGUUCAGCAAAGAAAAUGACCAGCGUUCGUGAGAAUCGAAUUGCUUCAUAAGACAGUGUAGAGGAUGUAUGUAUACCUGUAUUACAGGAAGUGUGUGACGCAGGACCUGUAACAAAUACAUUGAGUGCUGUUCACAUGUAAAAUACUGUAGAGACUGUUUUCAUUGGAAUACUUGUGCAUGUAUGGCCUAAAAUUUAGUGGACUGAUUGGGAUUGUUUUCUCUUGCUAUUUCUGUAGUUAUGUUGGGAUGUUUUAUAUAUAUACAGUAUAUUACAAUAUAUUUUAAUAAUCAUAAUUUAUUUUCACCUGAGGCAUUGGCAGCCAACCAGCAUAUCAUGACCAUUAUUAUUAUUAUUAAUUUGUUAAAAAUACAACUUCUAAUAUACAUAUAAAUCACAAAAAUCAUGUUCUUUAAAUAUUUCCUUUCAUUAAUGCAACAUACAGUAGACCAUUUUUAGCAUUUUAUUGUUAUUAUUAUUACAUUUGUUUUGCAUGUUUGCUCCCAACAAAUUAUAUUGUACAUGAUCUUUGUCAUACGGUGGG